AUGUCUUCGAGCAAUUUUCUAAUGAUGAAGUUUCGUCAAAUGCUCCCAAAGGUUGGUGGAAUAAUAAGAAGAGUUUAUUCAAGUUCAAACCGUAAAAAAAUGAAGAUCAUACAGAAAAGGGAAACGAUGUUAUUUCUCAGCAAGUCCCACUGCCACUUCAUUCAGCCAGUUUAGGACUUUUUCAAGGAACGUAUUUUUAACAUUAACUUAAAACUAUCAAACUCAAAAAACCUGUUCAAUUUUCGAUCUAACUCAAAACCCCCGUCAUAAGUUCGCUUGAAAAGGCGUGUUCAAGCAAUUUGAAUGGCCGAGUUCCGGAGCCUCUGUCGAGUCAUUUUGUCCCUUGGAAGCCCAUUUUCCUCGAUUCACCUCACCUACACAUAAAUUUUGGCUUCAAUGUUUUUGGUGGACAGCUUGAAAACUCGAUUUGCUGAGGUUUGUACCGUUUUUAAUGAGCGAGUUGGGGUUUCUUAAUAGAAUUUUAAUUCAAAAAAAACUUAUUUUCUCUCAAAAUGCUUUUUUUGAGAAAAAAAAAAUUCGUAUAUAGUUUUUUUUUAGACUUCGAACUUUUGAAGCUCUUCCUCUUCGUUUUAUAAAUGAAAUAUUUUCCAAAUGGGUUUUUUUUCAGAAAAUAUUCAAUGUCCUAUGUCAUUUUGUAGUUUACAACUGACUUUAAAUUUCAAAUCAAAAAGUUUAGGCCUCGACGAUCUUCGUCCACAUCGCCUUGGUAGUUUCGGUUUCAGUCUAUACUUUAUUUGGCGCUUUAAUUAUCCAACAUCUAGAGUCUCCAGAAAGAAUGUUAGUUAUUUCUAUUGUUUUGAUAGAAGUCGAAGAAAUAAUUAUAGUCGGAGUCAAAUGAAGCGUGAACUGUGGGAGCCACCAAAGGCCGAAAAAGUCUCUGCGAGUCUAUUUGGGACCUGAAAUCGCCGCUCUUGACCCUCAGGUGCCUUUUGAUUCUCACACAUGUCAGAGAAAAUAGCUUUUUUUCAACUUGCAAUGAGAUUUCAAUUUGAAAAUAAUUGACUUCAUAAAGUUUAUGAAAGGUGGUUUCAGGUUCACAACUGUCUUAUUGCCACUUUGGGAGCAAUUUUCGCCGAUUCCAAGUGUUCUCAAUACACUUUGGACAAGUUGAACAUUGCAAGUAUCGACAGGUGUUAUGAAAAUGCCAAUAUCGCAUCUCCAGUCAUUGGACCUGUGUUAGGUUUCUCGUUUUUUUUUCAAAACUGUUAAAUUUUUAGUAUGAAUUUUAGAAUUUUUCUAUUGUAACUAUUAACUUUAUAAUGAAAAAUACACUUUUCAGAGCCAAAAGGAAAAGCUCCGGAAGAGGACGACGUCGAAGUGGAACCAAUUGAGAAGUGGUCCUUUGGAAAUGCUCUUAUAUUUGCAUUCACGGUCAUCACUACCAUAGGUGAGGCAUUUUUCGUAAUGAUAAAAUUAUCUUGGAUAUAAAAACGCAGAAUCCUAGUAAGCAUAGGAAUCUGGGCAUUUUUGAUUUUCCAUUUUUUUCUUCUCAGGCUCAAGUUUUUUAUUUAAUCUUUGAUUUUUAUAAAAAGUGGCCGCUCUAGGGGAGUAGGCGAAUCAUUUAUUGUUAUGAACUCUGGGAGAAGAAGCAUUUGCAUGCGAAAAAAAAAAAUCAUGAAUCCGCGUUUUCUGAAUGAAAAAAUAUCAACAGAGGUCCCAUCAGUUUUUUUUAAAAAGGUCUUCGGAGUAUUAAAAGCAAAAAAAAAGUUAAAUGAACCUGAUACGAACCACUCAAACCUUAGAGCUUAAGGGUCAGAAGCACAACCCCUUCACCACCUAAAAUUUAUGAUUAUCCCUCUAGGAAGCCCAGGAAGUUCUAAAAAUAAUACUUUGAAGUAAAGGAUCUCACUCAACCAAAUCUGAUAGGAUAUGGCCACGUGGCGCCUGAAACUUUCGAAGGUCGUCUUUUCUGUAUCAUCUACGGCGUCAUUGGCGUCCCGUUCACCCUUCUCACUAUUGCCGAUCUUGGAAUGUUCCUGACGAAAAUUCUUCGAACUUUUUUGCUCUUCUGCAAAAAGAUGGUUCGGAGGGCUACAAAUGUAUAUAGAUGCAAGAUUGUGCUUUUAUUUUUCAAUUUUCAAGGGAAAAUCACCGAGACCUCUGAAAUCGCCGGAAAAGAACAGUUCUGAGAUGAAAACGGCCAGGGAGCCAGGUGAAGAAGACGAAGAGGAAGGUCCGCCGGAAGAUGAAGAAGUCGAGACAAGGCAAGUUUUUUGAAACUGAACUUUAUCUUAGUAUUUAUGCAAGAAGUAGAUAUAGUCUGUUCAAAUUCGUCAACGAUGUCAAUCAAAAAAGCUCUGAGGAUGGCUCGCUUUUUGAUUGGUUCAUCGCAUCAUUAGGGACGGAGCUUGAGCGACGUCUUGUCAAUCAAAAUCUGACAGACUACAUUUGGACAGUUUUUUUUUUCAAAUUAGUCGCGACUGAGUACAACACCAUAAUUUCAUUAUUUGAAGAUUCUUAUCAGAACUCGAAAACACCUCUUUCGAAAUCAUCGUUCAAUUUCUGAUCUGAAAAAGAAGUAAUUUUGAAACGUAGGCAAACUGACUAGAAAAAUGUAUAAAAUUCUGAAAAAAGUACCUUGAAAAGAAAAUUUUUUUGGAGCUUGUACAAAAAACAAAUACGAUAGAGGGAAAGAACUAUUCCAUCAUACACAUUUUUGAAUAUUGCCCAAUGUAUCGUUUGGCUGCCUUUCUUCGUUAAGCAUAAGUUUCCUAUCUUUUUCGUUUUCAGAAAAACCGACGAGUCCAUUCUUCUUGGCGUAACUUUCACCUGUUACUUGGUCGCUGGAGCGAAGAUUCUCUCAGUUUAUGAGCCGGAAAUGGAUUUCUUCAAAGCGAUCUACUUCAACUUUGUUACCUUGACCACAAUUGGAUUAGGCGAUUUUGUACCGAAAAGGUUUUAUUUUUUUCAUUUCAGAGCUUAAACUCAAUUUCCAACAGUUUCGAUUACCUGUUCGUCACGUUGGUAUACAUUGGGAUCGGACUGGCGUUGACCACGAUGGCCAUCGAAAUCGCCGCGGACCUUCUGAGGAAAAUUCACUACGCCGGCCGCAAAAUGGAAAAUGUUGCCAAUACGGCCGUCUGGUUCGGCGGCAAAAAGUUUUCAGAUUCCUGAGACGAAAAUCGUAUUUUUUUUUUCUUCAGAAUGUCUAUGAAGAACUUGGUUAAGUACCUCGGCGAUCAGUUCAAUAUUCCGGAAUCAGAACUGGCCAAUUUUGAACUUGACAAGUUUGUCAACAAUGCAAUGAAGGUGGAGAAGGGCGAGAUAAAGACUUUGAGGGUUGGUUUAUUCUUUAACGUUAUGAGAAAAAAAAAAAACGAUCUUCAAUUUUCAGAAAGAACCUUCUCCAGCUCCCGUUGUUUUUCGUGAGAAACGGGCGUUCAGCUACAGCAACGUUAGGAAAUCCAACGAAAGCAAGAAUUUGCACUAUAUGGAUGAUCGGAUGAGCAAGUUGACUACAGGUUUUUUUUGAAAUAAACUUUUGAUAGCGACCGCCAAGGUCCGCCCACUAAUGCCUCUAGGGUGGCUAAAAGAAAUGUAUAUAGUUUCGAUUGCCUUGUAAUUCAUUGCAAAGAGAGACUUUUUGAAUGAGUUGAUUUUAUUGGGGACAACGUGCUCUUGAAACGAUAGAAAAACAGACAUAACCUGGUUGAUGGAAAGAGUAGACAGGCCACGCCCCUUUUUGUCUCAAGCUAGCCGUGAAUCGGUUAUCCUUAUAGAUUUACUAGUAAAGCUAAAUAUUUUAUGUUUCAAAGCACUUUUUGGGGGAGUUUAGAAACGACCCUUCUCAGAAAAUUCUCGAAAAUCGUCCCAUGGCAAUGUGACUUCAGAAAGUGCAAAAGCUUCUAAAAUUUGAAUUUCCCGCAUUCCUUGACUACUGUGGAUGAACUAAUCUGGUUUUCUUUACUUUUCAGACUUGACAACGGUUCAUGAGACCACGAGGACAGUUGAUACUCUUCAAGCUCUUGCCAAUGACUCGGAUAUGGUAUUUUCCCGCUUUCAAGUUCACAAAAAGUAUUGAUAAAUUUUAAGGUACCCCGACUCGAUCUCGACUAUCAAUUCACGAACAUGACUUCGGCACCGACAUCUUUCGACGAAGAUUACUUGAAAACUUUCACUUUUGUGAGAUCUGGCGAAUUUUGA